AUGUCCGCGUUCUCAGCGACGACGAACGCCCUCCUCAACGCAACCGAGACCUCCAACCGCCUCAUCAUCGCCAACGACCGCCUCCGCGCCGCCAUCGCCAAGCCCGGCGGCUCCAUCGUCGAGCUCACCCUCGACGGCGUCAACCUCCUCGGCACGGCCUCCGGCGCCACCGGCCAGGGCCCCUACCUCGACUGCUACUGCACCCCCGCGGGCUUCUGGACCCCCGGCUCCGUCGCCCCCGUCUUCGAGCUCUACAACGGCACCGACUCCGCCGGCGUCCCCUACGGCGGCGUCCGCAUGUCCGACACCUACGCCUCCACCGGCCAGCUGCUCGAGCAGUACUGGUUCCUCCGCGAGGGCGAGACCGGCCUGCACAUGUUCUCCCGCGUCGCCUACCACAACGAGACCGCCCCCUUCCUGCGCAACCUGCAGGAGCUGCGCACCCUCUUCCGCCCCAACGACCCCAUGUGGACGCACCUCCUGACCAACCGCGAGCACUACGCGCCCCUGCCGUCCAAGGACGCCGUCGCCAAGCAGGUCGUCGUCCAGGACGCCACCUGGUACCUCGGCAACACCCCCAACGACCCCUACGUCCAGCAGGAGGCCGACUGGUUCACAAAGUACACCUUCCAGGACACCUGGCGCGACAUCGACGCCUACGGCAUGUUCGCCGACGGCUCCAAGACGGCCGACAACUCCACCUUCGGCGCCUGGAUGGUCUUCAACACGCGCGACACCUACUUCGGCGGGCCCCUGCACUCGGACCUGACCGUCGACGGCAUCGUCUACAACUACAUCUCCUCCAACCACCACGGCGACCAGACCCCCAACAUCACAAACGGCUUCGACCGCACCUUCGGCCCCCAGUACUACCACUUCAACCGCGCCCCCGCCGGCACCGACAUCCUCGAGCUGCACGCCGAGGCCGCCAAGCUCGCCGACCCCGAGUGGAACGCCGCCUUCUACGACGACAUCGCCCACCUCGUGCCCAACUACGUCCCCUCCGCCGGCCGCACCACCUGGAAGCUGCACGUCGACCUCCCGCAGGGCGCGUCCAAGCCCAUCGCCGUGCUCGCGCAGAACGGCGUUGACUUCCAGGACAACGUCUUCGACACCAAGGCUUACCAGUACUGGGCCGACGUCGACGCCGACGGCUACGCAACCAUCCCGCGCGUCAAGGAGGGCACCUACCGCCUGACCAUCUAUGCCGACGGCGUCUUCGGGCAGUACGUCAAGGACGACGUCGCCGUCGUCGCGGGCGAGGUGCACACCACGCACGCGCGCUGGCGCGAGGAGAUGGCCGGCACGGAGGUCUUCCGCAUCGGCACGCCGGACAAGAGCUCCGGCGAGUACCGUCACGGCUACGCACGCGACGCCACGAAGCCGCUGCACCCGGAGGAGUACCGCAUCUACUGGGCGCGGUACGACUUCCCGACCGAGUUCCCCGAGGGCGUGCGGUUCAAGGUGGGCGAGGACGACGUCGCCACGGACCUCAACUACGUGCACUGGGCGGUGUUCGGCGGCAAGGGCAACUCGCUCCGGCCGGAGAUGUACCUCGGCGACGGCAACGUGAACAACUGGACGCUCGCGUUCGACCUCGAGCAGGCGCAGGUGGAGCGCAAGCGGUACGCUACCUUCACGGUGCAGCUCGCGGGCGCGAAGACGGCGGCGGGCAACACGGACGUCUUCAACGCCAGCGAGCCGCACUCGAACCUCAAGUACACGGUCAACGUCAACGGCAAGGACCUGGAGCCGUGGGUGAUCCCGUACCACCAGAGCAGCUCGUGCGCCGUGCGGUCGGCCGUCAUCUGCUACAACGUCGCCAACAAGUUCGUCUUCGACUCGAAGCUGCUAAAGGCGGGCGAGAACGAGAUCGUCCUGAGCCUGCCCUACGGCGCCACGGACUACGAGAGCGCCGUUCUCACGGAGGCCAUCUACGUGCAGUACGAUGCGCUGCGUCUCGAGAUCAUGUAG